CAGUAAGUGAGAGAGUGGGCAUCAGUAUUUGAGCACAGAGGGAAACUGCUUGGAGUUAGUCAGGGAUAGGCAAAUCAACACGAUCUGGACACACAGAUAACAGAGGCUGUGACACACACACUCACACUAAACACACAUUACAGAGAGAGGAAGUUGUCAAGUUACUGGUGAACAAGCGUAUACAUCCCCCUACAUACAAACACACACACACACACACAUGCUCACUCAGUGCUUAGUCACUUUGUCAUUCACUACCUCUCGGUGCCUUUCUCUUUGACAGCGGCAGAAACUCUCGCUGAUAGACUGAACAAACACGCUCACUUUACACCAACCACUCGGACAGGAUAGAGGGGCCGGGGUUUCUGUCCUCAGAAUGGUGAGUACAAUGACAUCUUUUAAAGAAGAAGAAAUCAAUCAUGAGUAUUUGCUCUCACUUUUUCUACAUUUCUUCUGCCUUGUUUCAAAUGGAUGUUAAGAGUUUGUACCAAAACCAAAACUAGUCAUUUGUUCUUGUACACAUGGAUCUGUUGAGGUCACAUGACACCCUUACAUUCAACAAAACAGAGCAGACUUUAAAGUAUGUUGUGGAGAUAAGGGCUUUUAUUCACCUCGAGAUAGUGUUGAAGACCAGUGUUUGAUAUGUAUGCCUUUUAUAUUUCUUCACAUUCAUUGUGUAAAAAAAAUAGGAGAAGUCACUGAUAGUAAUUUUUAAGGUGUUUUUGACAUACAUCUAUUGAGUAAGACAACUUCAGCCAUUGCUUUUCAUCACAGUGGAAAAAGACAGAAAGGUUCCUCUUUGCUUUGACCAGAAGAUUUGAUCCUUUUCUCUUGACCCCUUUCAAAAGUCCUGUUUUUUUUUUUAGCAACUCGUGUUGCUUCUAUUAACAACACGAGAAGCUGAAUCAACCAAUGAGUGGUUAAUAUCUUUGUGUCCAACAUAGCUACGUAUGCAAGUGACCACGCACUUCAAAUUGUAUACAGGCCUGAGCUGUACUAGUACAGUUUGUUUUCAGUUUUGCUUAAUAACAAGAUCGGGACUGUAAAUCCUACCUUUAUGAAAAUCAGUUUCAGAGACGUGUCGGUAUAACUGUAAGGAGAUUAUAAGUAGCAACAACGCUAUAGUUUGAGUUGUGUUUCAUUAUUCUUGACGAAGUUCCCCAAAUUUACAGAAUACACCGGGUCGUACAAAAAUUGUAAGUGCACGAAUGUUUAGAGAAGAGACGCAACUGUCUGGUAUUGGGUAAUUUCGAGUUUGCUGUGGUUAAAAAACAGAAGUGUGAUAAAGGAACUUUCCUCUAUUUCUUUACUUCUGAUUUCAUAUUCCGUCACGUUAGCCUUGUCAUGCCACCAAUGCAAGGAUAUUACUGUUGUCAUUAAAUCCACACAAAACACAAAUUUUGAUAGAUUAAGAGUAGGACAGUCUGAUAUGGCUUAAAAAAUAAAAAUACACCACAGUCAUUAUAACGCAAUUUAACCUUAACUCUUCAAAGUUUCGUGGAUACCUUCCACAAAUUCUUCAAUUUCUACGAACAGUUAGAUUAGAUUAGAUUAGAUUAGAUUAGAUUAGAUUAAAUUCCUUUGGGAAGGUUUCCUCUGGGAAGUUAAAAGUCCAGCGGCAGUGUACAGUGUGUACAGGAAAAAAACAGAAUGGUCUAAUAAGUAAUUACGACUGCUGCUCCUUCCCAUCCUCUGUCCUCCUGUUACCUCUUCAUCUCCUCACCAAAGGGGAGUUGUACAGUCUGAUGGCAUGAGGGACAAAGGAGUUUUUCAGUCUGUUAGUCCUGCUGUUAGGAAGGAGCGGUCUGUCACUGAACAGGCUCCUCUGGUUGAUGAUGAACCAAACCUACGGAGCAUUUCUGAUGGUCAAUCUUAUUUUAAAACAUCAACUUCUUAAACAUAUUAUAAUCUAUUCAACACUGAGUGCUUAUUUAAUGACACAAGCUAAAAGAAAAUGAAAGAGUGGUUUCAAGCGGCAACGUCCGGUCUUGAGAAAUGAAGCUGAUGCAGAAGUGCUAAAAACAGCAGUUUGUCAGGUGUCCGCUUUAGGCUGGCUUUACAGCAAGAAUAAAUAAUGUUUAUUAAUGUUCAAAAAGGUUUUCAUCUGAACUGGUCACGGCUGGUCAGGCUUUGGUCACGCUCAUUGUAUGUGUUCAUUUUGAAGUUUUGCUUCUGCAAAGCUGACUGGACUGAUGGGUAGGCACCAUAGACUGUGUAUACAAUGGACGUUGUCUGCCUCUGCGAUAACAGCACCCCCUGGUGACUGGUUGCGGUUUAGGUCAUAAAUCCUGCCUCCUCCAGCAGAGUAAAUUAAGCUGUGGACAAAUUUUAAAAAUCACUUAGACGUAGCAUAAAUCUUUCUCCCACUGGUUGCGAUGUUGAGAGUUUUUUCAGAAUAAUGAAAUCAGCAUUGUUGCAUGCACGUUUGCUUAUCUUUGGGAAACUUAAAAAACAAGGUUACUAUUGAACAAAGUUAACUCAUUUAAUGUCUUGUUCAACUUAAGUCGAAGCUGUUCAGUUUCUUCUUCAGUUUCCUCAUUUCUGCGAUUAGUUAAGUCUAAAAUUAAAUAAAACUCCUCUCCCUAAUUGGCGGCUGCAUGUUGUGCUGUAAGUGUUUUUACACUUUCUGCUCUGCAGUUACUGUGAGAAAAACCAAACCUGAACUUCCUAUCAGUUUUACUUCCCAUUUAGAGUCAUUUUUGGUAAUUCUGUACUUCUGCUGGUCCUUUCCCUCGCUGUGACCGUGUGACUGUUGGAAUAAUUGCAGCUGUGUGUCCUCAUAAUCAUUAUCUCCACACACAAUCUCACUUCCUGGUUUGGUGUCUCUGGCUCUGGUCAAACAAGCCUGCUCUUAAUAAAGGUGUGGCUGCCGCUCUGUUGGACAGAGGUGACACUCACAUCAGGCAGUCUGACUGAUGCCACACCAAACUCACCAAACGCAAACAAUCAAACUAUUGUACCCUCUGAAUCAGGCGUAAACAUAUCCCCUUCUCCUCCGUUUGAUUACUUAUGCUGGAAGAACAGAUAUGAUAUAAACUGAGGUGUUUAUGAUAAAAGGUAAGCAAUGAUAAUAAAGUCCCUACUGUCACCUACUGAAAUGCCCAGAGCUCAUCUUCUUUUAAGCGCUGCAAAACUUGUAUGUUAGACAUUCUCUUGAAUGUUUCUUUACUACUUUAAUCAUAAGAGUCUGAUUUAUUCUUUGAAUUAUCAUGUUUGCUAUUGAUACACAUUAUAUUGUCUAUGCUUUUUGUAUUUCAGUGUCAUGUGAGAUUAACAUUAACAAUGCCCUGAAAAGUCACGUUAUAAAAAUAAUUGUCUCAGUAAAAAAAAGGCUUUUAUUUUGGUAAUUGAAGAGGGAUCUGUUAGUUCUAAGUCAGGAUUUAGGGUUGUGAUCGGCCCUGUAAAGAAAUUAUGUCAAAGUUGGUCAAAGUGGGAAUUUCAUUUAUUUCUGUAUUGCUUUGUGCAGCAGUUUCUUUUCUGCUUUUUGGCUGAAGCAUUUCUAUCUUCAGCAGAUCUGAAAAUCUAUUUUCACUUCUGGACAUGAACUCUCUCUCUCUCUUUCUGUUCUUCACAGAAUAACAAAGGUGACGUAAAGGCCAUGAUGGCCCGCUUCCAGGCAGGUGGGGCGAGCACUGAUGAGACCCCCUCACCGGUAGUGGGACGCCCCAAACAACCCCUGCACCCCACUCUCUCCUCUGGUCCAACCAUCCAGACAAAGAAACCUGUCCUGGAGAGCCUCUCAGGCAGUGCAAUAACUACUCCUCUUAAACCUCCUUCUUAUCUUAAAAACACUGUAUCAACUAAAAGUGACACGGAUGUUCAUGAACCAAACAAAACUAAAGCCCUGGCUAGCAGGUUUGGAGGCACCCUGGAUGAAACCAACAACAAACCCUUCAUUGGUAAUAAACAGCAGACACCCUUUAAGCCAUCUCUUUCCCAGGCAACUGAGAGUAAACCCCCCCUGCAGAAGCCUCCUUUCAACAAGCCCUCCCUGAGCCACACUUUAUCCGACACCAAACCGACCUUUCCUAAACCAUCUCCAGCAGUUGUCUCCAAGCCCAGCUGGGUCAAAGAGGACAACAGUGGAAGUACAACCACCUCAACACCACCCAAAAUCCCAUUACAACAAAAACCGAGCAGCAGCAUUGGAAAGUUACGACAGCAAAAUGAAGAAAUGGCCGGAUCCAAUACAGACACAGCCAACAAACCCGCCCCUGUGCCAACUCCGGCUUUUAAGACUGCGUCCAACUUUAAGAACGCUCAAAACCUGUUCAACAAAGACAUGGACAAGACUGAGAAGAUAGAUGGGGAUGUCAAACCUGACAAAGCUGUUAAGCCACCGAUCUCUGCCGCUAACUCCACUCCUCCUCCCAAACCUCUGGCCGCUAAACCAAGCAUCAAGAAGCCGUCACAGACCAAAACCCAAUUUGGCAAAGUCAACAGUGAUGCCACCACAGGCCCAAAACGUAACCCUCUACCCAACACUUUAGCUUUGGGCCCUCCUCCUGCCAAACCCAACAGACCUCCCAAAGUCAACCUGGAGAGCUUCAAAAGAGGUGUUGAGGCUUCGGGUGAAGGUGAGUUGAGCUUGUUGCAUCUCAUACAUAAGUAAUAACACACUUUGUUGUGCUGUUGUUCAUAACAUCAGCUCCAAAUUAGUACAGGAUGAAGUAAACCUCUUAUCCAGUCCUGCUGCUUUUUCCAUUUUUAAUUCAAUCAGAUUAAACAAGGACUGAGACUUUUUACAUGUGACACCACAAAUUCUCCUCCACAUGACCUUUUCAACAUGUAACACAUUAAAGAGCCUGUUUGGGCCUGAGCUCAAAGAAAAGAAAGAAAGAAAAUGAGAUCAACAUUUCUCUUUUAAAUUUUCAGUCAUUUUCACGGUGUAUUUCUGCAGCACACGACAAUAACACAUUAUCAUCCAAUCAGAUUAAUUACUAACUUCAAACUGAAUAAUGAAUAACUUUGAACUACGCUGCAGGCUGUAAUAAGAAUUGUUGUAUCAGUAACAGUUCAUCAGUAUUUCAUGACUGGAUUCACUUCAGGUAUGUGCUGAUUUUGGCGCUCUCUGAUGAUAAAGUUAUACCCACUGUACAAAUCUCUAACUGAUCCUUAGCUUGCUUCUUUAACCGUCAAAUAUAUCACUCAUUGUGAUUUUUGCUUGUGGAAACAUAAAAGGCCAUUUCUUCAUUGCACACUUGUCACUUCACCUAACACCCACCCCCUCAGAGUCGCUGCAGGCGUUUGCGGUUUAGAAAUGAUGUGUCUCGCUGUUGAUAGUCUUGUUUGCGUUUGUAGGCCACAAAGAGGCAACCCUAUCGAUUUUAAUCUGUUUCCAAUGAAUUAACAACUCCUUAAAAGGUCUUUAGAAGAAAACAGUGUCACAUUUGGUGUCUUGAAAUUAUGCAAACACACUACUAGGGCCCUGAAAACACGUACGUAUCAAGCAUUCAUCAUUCAAAUGAAGUGAUGAGCUUCUGCUUUUAGUUGGCAUCAAGUUAAAAGUGGCAUAGACAGUGGCUUUUUUUUUAAUAAAUAUUGCCGGACUGAAUUUAAACAUGUAAAUAAGAAUGAUUACGACAAAAAAGGCAUACAGACAAAAAGAAAUAAAGCAUAACUCACCCACAAAAGAACCACAGACUUAAGAUGGAAAAACCAUCUCUUUCUUGUCUUUCCAUCUUAUCAUAAUGAACACAUACUUUGCUCACAAACAUCUGGAAAAUCAGAGGUCAGACAGAGGAAGGAGAUAUCAGGAGAGAUGACAAAUCACCCCGCAGACAAUAGUUUCACUUUUUGUGCCUGAAUUUCAGCUUUUGUUUUCUGCUUUGUACACUAUAUCUUCAGUCUCCAGUUCCUUCACAGUGUGCAAGCACUACAGCAAAAUCAAAAUCUGCAAUAGAUACCAGCAUCCUUUAUUCCACAUCAUGAAGCAAGCAGUUUUUUAAUCAGGAUUGUUUUGAGAUGAGCUGAAUUAAUGGUCUUAGUAUAAUAAAGGUAGAAUGUGGUAAACAUUGUACAUGUCUAGCCAAAGUCUAGUCUAGUCUAGUCUAGUCUGAAAAAACAUGAGGUUUCCUCUCUAUCACUCGGGCAUCUUUGUGUGAAAGUACAUCUGAGGUGUUAAAAGGGGAUGCUUCACAAGUAAAUGUGGUCACAGUGAUGUUCACACUUUGUAGCCUGCAGUUUUUUUAGUCGACCGUGGGUCAUCUAUCCAAACAGAGAGCAACUUCCCCUUAAUUGACGGCACAAAAAGCCCUUUUAUUGCAAUCCUUUCGACAGGAUCUGAACAUGGAUUUUGUACAAAUGUAUUGUCAGUUACGUAGAAGUUGCAGCAUAUUUGUUCUGUGCUUCUGAUCAAAGAUUAAAGUCACAAAAACACACUAAGUUCCUCUAUUUCCUCAGACAAGUUCCCUUUCCAGUUUCUCUUUUCUCCUCCCCCCUCGCCCUGCGCUCUGACAGCUGAGUCUCUUUCACGGCAUGGGGAAGUGAGUUCCUGCAAACAGGGAGAGUUUCAUGUCAGCAGACAGCUCUGUUUAUAGAGACAUAGCUCAUCUAAAGGAAUCUCCAUUUAGAGAGGAAAGACCGUGGGUGAAAAAUAUAGACACCUGACGCCUUUGAUGUUGUUACCAUAGCUUGGUUAGUUAAAGAAGUCUGUAGCAGUAAACUUCACAAACACUUCCUCACUUGUUCAGAAGCCUGAAUACCUCCACAAGCUGUAAUAAGGUGAGGGGUAAGCUACAGCAAGUAGGGAACUGUGCAAAAUAUCUCGACAGGGUGAAAGAAGAAGCAGACGAGACAUUAAAACAAUCACCUGGUCAUUACUUUCACUCGAUACAAAUAAAUAUACAAAUAUAAAACAUACUCUCUGUUUUGAAAAUGAUUUUACAAACAAAAAACAAUGGACGUUUCAACAUUUCAGAUGCAGUACUUUUAUUUGUAAAUUAGUGUUUUUGUGGCAUGUGGUGUAUUUUGAGGACCCAGAAGCAGACACAGAGGCAGAUAGCAAAUUAAAGAUGUAAGUUUAAUGUCCAAACUCAAGGGGAAAAGACACGAGGAAAGUCCGGUUUGCUGGCUGGCUGUUGUGUGGGCUGGAGACACUGUGGAAAAACAGAGGAGAUGGGAGUGAGACAACAUACAAAAAUUCACAGGGAGCAAAAAGUCACAAGCACUUAUCCGAAAAGAAGGCUAGGCGACACGUCUGUACCACUCAGGAGUGAAGACAAUACUCAGGCGCUGAGACUGAGGGCUGCUGGCUUCUUAAAGGGCCUUGAUUGUAGAUGCAGUGCAGGUGUGGAGUCUCACUCAGCCUCAGCGACCGGGGAGGGGGAGGGUGCUCUGAAAAAGAGUCAAGCCAGACCAGGGAAACCAAGAAAAACAGGAAGUCCAUCCAAAUUAAAGCAAGAGGUGGAGGCAUCUCACCACAGUUUUUUUCAUAUUUGCAUUUUGGGACCUGCUUGGGACGUGUUUUUGCCAAAUAAAUCUAAUAUUUUCUCCUUAUUGGGAUUGAAAAGUUGUCCGUCAACCCACAUAUCGCCACAGCAACACAUUCAUUAAGUAAGAUUGUCUUCAAAGACACUUGAAUUCUUUCUGUAACAUGGCAUGUUUUUGUCACAGGCCCUGGCAAAUUUAAGAAACUCGUCCCUCCGACUCCUUUGACCUCUCAACCCAGUAACAAUAGCAACCAUGUGACCCCGGCUCAACCCCCGCCGCCGCCUGCACUUCCUAGUCUGCCCCCACGUCAUCCUGGAACCAUGUAAGUCACACUUUCAUGCUGAUAAACAAACACAAAAACACACGUCUACUGUGUUUUUUUGGUCAAUCCAAGCUUUGCAUUUCAGGGCUCCUCAAGAAGAACUUUACGAUGAUGUGGAUGAAUUCAGCAGCCCUCCUCCUCCUCCUCUACCACCAACAACAGGUUUAGUAAUACUCACCAUUAAAAAAAAAAAGUAAUCUUUCAUAACAACCAUGUGAUGUUAUUUUUGAUAAUUUUUCUCAGUAUAACAGGAAGAUAUAAAAUGACUGUGUGAUGCUGAACUUUGCACUGCCUACAUAUAACAGGAGGCACUGACAAGCAUCUUGAUAGGUCAAAGAAGCAUCGAGUUGUUUCCUUCUUUGGGGGAGCGGUGGUCAGUUUAGUUUUGAGAGUGUGAAAACAUGUUGAAGUCAUACUCCAAAAGUGUCAAAGUCUAAGUAAUGUUUGUUGUUUCACUUUAGGUCAUCCAAGUCAGAGGGGGAAGGUGAGACACUGAAAUACAGACACACACACACACUCACAAAAUAUACACAAGUGUAAAUUGGGCACAUGCCAAAUUAGUUCAUCAUAAGGUGAUACGAUCAUUUUCAUGUGUUCUCUGGCCAAGGUGGAGAGUGACGAUGAUGACGGGGAGAUGUAUGAGGAUCUUGAUGAACGAUGGUAAGAGACCCCUCCACAUCGCCCCCACCUUUAGCGCUAUCCACAAGUUUAAAAAAUACGAUUCUUGAUUAUCAUGUUGUGGAUGGACUUAUUGAGUGUCUUAUUCAACGUUAACCAACAAAUUCAAGUUGAAAAGCUUUGGUACCUCAAAAAUUUCAGGGCAUCUGACCCCAGGAUCUUCCAGAGUUACUCAUUUACAUGACCCUGAAGUUUUCUUUGCUGGACGUAAGAGGAGGCAAAGAAGUAAAAGGAGAUCCAGAAGUUUCUCGCUGUACCCCCAUUUAGGGACUCCAUCCAUUAAAGGGUGCACUUGUAGAACAACUGUGUCACUGUCACUGGUCGUCCCAGUUUGGAGGCUUCUUUCAAUGUGACAUACAAACGUGUCAUACCUUUAAAAUGCAGAUAAGAUGGCAGAGUCUCAAGCGGCUGACUGUUACCAUGUUAUAUAGGAGUAUUUGAUUUUAGCUCAAUGAAAUAGUGAACAUUACAAAUUUUUAAAGAGAUGACUGAAAACAGGAAAUUACCUUUAUAAUAAUGAUGACCUUUAGCUAGCUAUAUUGACACAAACAAGUAAUCCUAUCUAGACCAGACUGUUUCCAUUUACUUCAGUCUGAGUAGAUUCCUCAAAGGUUCUCACUCUUCACUCAAGGCAGAGGUACAGUGUACUGUUCACAACAUAUCCAAGAUGACAGUUUAUUUUGGUUUUUUAUCAUAGCUGCAUUCAGUUUAAAUGUACACGUGCUGAGGAGCAGGAAAGGGUUUGUAGGGUGUGAAGCAGAUUUAUCUUGUGCACAGAGAUUGCACCUCAUUUAAGAUGUGCUAUCACCUCUGUCCACCUCUACGUGGGGAAUUUACGUGACUUUGAUGAGUUAACACAUCACCUCAAAUUUCUCACAUUGCUCAAACAAGCAUCAGCGUAAAACCCCAGUUCAAACCUAACACCACCCUCUGGUGGUGCUUCAGGGAUACUUCAAGAACCCAUGAUAAAAGUUGGUUAUUGCAAUUCACAGACACAUAAGGCUGAAAAACACAUUAUUGUUCAAACAGCUCUAUAGUAUUGGUGGUUCCCCUAAUGGUCCGAAAUAGAAUCAGUUUAAACUAGAGCAAAAGCACCCCAAAUAAGGAACCCUAACCCCAGUGGUUACCAUGGUUACUGAUGUAUUUCCUCAGGGAAUAUUUCAGGGGAAAAAUCAUCCUAUGAUGUUACAUGGAGUCCAAACUCAGACUAAAACUACAACAAAAACCCUUGCUUAGAGAUUCAUAUGCAUUAAUACUAUAACAUGAGUUUUUUUUUACCACUUUAUUGUCAGCCCAUUGAUGAAAUGUAAAAAAGACGGUCUCUCUGGUCUCGUCUAAUGUUACCUCUGAUGAGUGGUGUCUCUUAAUUUUAACAGGGAUGCAGCAGAACAGAAACAAGAAAAGAUAAAAGAAAAAGAGGAGAAAAAAAGACUGGAGGCUGAGAAGAAGGAGCAGAAGGAACGCGAGAAGAAAGAACAAGACGCAAGAAAGAAAUUCAAAGUGAGUGAACCACCACCAACUCCUUUGUACAUUUGCAGAUGAGCUGUUUACACACAGUAACAGCGUUUGAACUAAGUUUGACAAAGCUAAUAGUCCACAGAUAGCGAAGCAUGAAAACCACAACAGAGUAUUUCUUAAUCAGCACAUAUGAUACCUGCCUCCUUUUCAAGACCUGUGAUAUCUAUAGUGAACAACGAUGCAUGUACUUGACCUGUUCUUUCUUUAAUAUUUAUAUCACAUGUUUCUCUAUUUUCUUUAUUUGCUUGUGUAAUGUGUAUGUGUCGGGUUGUGUGUGUUAGUUGGUUGGUCCUCUAGAGGUGAUCCAGAAAGGAAAGGCCCGCGUGGACUGUCGAGGCGGUAAGACCGAUCUUUCCCUGAAGCAGGGAGACAGCCUGGACAUCAUACGAGUUCAGGGCAACCCAGAGGGAAAAUGGCUGGGACGGACACAGGACGGCUCCAGUAAGUUCAAAUAGUCAUCCCCCAUUUUGUCCACUUGUCUUCUGUUAAUUUUGCUAUGACAUCUUAAGGGUUCCAUUUAAAAAUACAUAAAAGUCUAUUUAAAGUUUCAGUCUGAUUUUCUUUUCACAUUCAAUUCGUCUACAUUUAAGCCACAGAAAUGCAAACAUUAACAUCAGAACUGUACAAUGUUUAACAUAGUCAGGGUCAUGGAGUCUGCUUUUUUCCUCUCUAGUUGGUUAUGUAAAGACGACAUCAGUGGAAAUCGAUUUCAAUACUCUGAAGAAUCACAAAGCUGCUCAACAGAACUAUGAGCCUGAGGUCUACGAUGACAUUGAUGUAGCUGAUAACAGGUACAGAAAUGUCAAAUUAUAUGUCAAACUAUAUUAACCAAUGCCUUAAUGAUCACAUGCAGAACUACAGUGUACAUCAAUAUCAGUCCUGACAUUUGUGAACAAUGGUACAACACAUUUUGAUCCAGGAUUUAGUUCCUGUAUUGUAUUGUAUUGUUAGACUGAUACUUAGUCAAAUAAGACUUUUUGCACAGAAAUUAAGCACAUGUUCCAUAAAUGUAAAAUGAAAUACAUACGCUUCCUGAAAUUGGAUAUUUGAUGCAACAAGUUCAAUUUACCUGCAGCAAAUUAAAAAGCAGAGUUUUUGGAUAGAGGGGAUUUACCAUACCAGUCUAUGUAAUUGUUAAAACCUAUUCUGAUCAAAUUAAAAUAAUGAAAUGGUAAUUUAAAACCAUGCAUGCAAAAAUCAGAUUAUUCUCCACAACCUUCUUAGUGUGAUAUUUGACUGGUAACCACAUCUUUGUAUUGAAUCUUUUUUCUCUACAGUGGGAUCAAAGGACCAGGAGGUAUGCUCAAAAUGCUAGAAUAAUAUGAUUUAUCAGUAACCAGUGAAUGUGCAUGUCAUCAGUUUCAUCAUGUAUUUCCUUCGGUCCUGUAGUUGUCCUGCCUCCACUACCAGGAGAUGGAGGAGAAAUAUAUGAUGAUGUCGUCGAUCCAAAUCUGGAAGUCAGGUAACGGCUCAAUGAGUAUUUCUGUAUGAUGUGCUUAAACCUUUAAAGAAAGAAAAAAUACAAACUUCCAAAACAUUAAAAUGAAAAAGGAUACGCAGGGGGGAAAAGUGCAGGUAUUUUAACCCUUGGUUGGCUCUCUAGUCCCCUGGAUCCCAGGACUUCUACAAAGCCCAGUAACUUCCAGCGGAUAUUGGAGCGAAGCAGACGUCUUGUCAGCACUAAAGUGUAAACAAAAAAAACACUAAGUAGUAAGAUCACAGAUCUACUGCCAUUGUUUUUAAUCCCUAUCUGCCAUUCUCCUCUCAGCUUUGAUAAUAACUUCCUUUUAAAAGCUGAUUUUCUCAUCAUAACGGAUUACUAUCACCUCUAAAUGAACACAAUUGCAGGAUCAAAUUAAUUUAACAGUUUUUAACCCUCAGUUUUGAAAGAUUUCUUUAAUUCUACUAAUUCUACAAGUUCUUUGCAUGACUGUAAAUGGUGCAUGGCUGUUGACCUAAUCACAAAUCAAGGCAUCGUCUGCUAACACUGAAAAAGCAUGUUUUAACAGCUAUACUCACUGAAAUAUGGGGCUGUAAUCCAUGAACAUGAUGAUUCAUUUGGCCUGCUUUGAACCAUAUUAACAAACAUGUUAACUAGUUAUGCUGUGAUGACAUAAAUUAUGUGUCUUUAUAAAUUAUUUCUUCUGUUGUGCCAGAGUGCCUCCACCCAGCCAGUUCACAGCAGAGGGGAACUCAGGUAUAUUGAUGUUUGUUUUUCAGAAAAGUUCUUUUCUGGAUUCUCUUUUCUACUAUUCCAAUAAAAGCACUUUGUAUGAGCUGUUUUGAAACCCCAGAUUGAUUCUAAAUUGAUCUUCAGUAUGGAUUUUAUAAGAUUAUUAAAGAAGGGACAUGACGGCCGCUCACAAAUCUUUAAAACUGUUCCUCAAACAAGCAGACUUUGUGAGCCCUUGUUGGCAUUUGAGCUUCACCAGUCAAGAAACCAAACUUCCCAUACAAUCUCUCCUUAUAUUUUUACAUUUUAUUUCAUUAAAUGUGGCCAGGUCAUACUGUGUCUUUUGCAAGUGCUUUUUAAUUUUAAGUGUCUAAAAUAUAGUCCUUUCUCUGUGAUCACAGAUCAGCCAGAAGCAGCAAUAGAUGAGGAGAUAUAUGAUGAUGUUGACUCUCAAAACGCGCCUCCCCUUCCUCCCAUCAGCAGGUACAACUACAUCAAUGUCAAAUUAAAAAAAUUUUGUAUCAUAUCUCUGAAACAUUUACAGACAGGAAGUGAAGCAUGUUACCAAACGCUCUCUCUUCUUCUUUCAGCCUUCCGACCAUGAAAGGCAAAAGCAAAACAGAGGAGAUGGACUCCAAGAAGCAAAAGAAGAUGGAGAAAGAGGAGAAGGAGUUCAGGAAAAAGUUCAAAGUUUGUUUCUCUUUUCAUAAUUAGUCAUGUUUUUCAGUUUUUUUUAAGUAAUCGAGAAUACUUACAUAACAAGAAUAAAUUAAGAAUAUUCAACCCAAAUUCACUGUUGAAACAAAUUUGACCUCUUUCAGUAUGAUGGGGAGAUCCAGGUGUUGUACCAGGUGACCAUCAUCCCAGCACUGAAUAAUAAGAAGUGGGGCAGCAAAGACCUUCAAAUCAAAGCAGGAGAGACACUUGACGUCAUUGUUAAAGCCGUAGACAACAAACUGAUCUGUCGGAACGAGGAGGGCAAAUGUGAGUCACUUCUGCUUUUCGUUGAUGGAUCGAAAUAUACAUUUGAUUUCCCUGCACAGCCUCACGUUUGAGAUAUUUGCUUCCUUGACUUGAAUCCGUCUGUUUUGUUUACAGUUGGUUAUGUUUCAACCAGUUACAUUGCUACGGAGUAAGUAACAGAAAGAUUCACAUAUUCACACUCACACAUGUUUAGAAGUAGAGAUUUUACUCAAUGAGGUCUGUGCUGAUUGUUUCAUUCUUGAUUACAGUGAUGGUGAUAUCUACGAUGACAUUGGUGAUGGUAUGUUGAUCAGUAAAUCUAACACAACAGGCCUAAUUCCCAGUGCCUAAUCUUUAAUUAUUGCUGUUCACUUUUCUUUUCAGAUUGCAUCUAUGACAACGACUGAAGAACCAUCCUUCACUGGGUUUAAUACGGACCCCUGAAAUGUUCAUGUUAUUUAUUUUGUUCAACGGUGACACACACUGAGGGCUUUAACGGUGAGCCUGGUUAUCAGGUUGAAUCAUAAUUGUAAAUAAUCACUUUGUUAUUUAUGAAUCUAAAUUUGAAUCACCAAGGCUGUUUUUAUUUCAUCUGAACAAUGACAUCAGUUCCAACAAUUCAAAACAGCUUUAUUAAGUGUGUCUCUUUUAACAGUAUUGCAGAUUUCUGUUGCAUUACUUUUUCUUCAUUUGGACUUAAACUCAACAGCCUUGUCUUUACAUACUGUGUAUUGUAAAUGCAUUCAUUGUGUUUUACAACUUUAAGGU